GGGACUUUUUGUUUUUACUUGGUUAAUAAAAGCGUUAGGAAAAAAUCAAAACCUUAGCUCGUUUCUGCUUGUUGCUGCUCUUCGAAGAAACUGUGACAAAUAAGAAGCGUUCCAAGAUGUUGAAGCGGUUCUUACCCGGCAUUGCUGGGUGCGCAAUGGGCAUGCUCGUGGCGAGCCUCGGAGGCGUCGAGAUCGCCUCCGCCGCCAGUUGGGUCUCGCUGCCGAAGAACCUACGAAUCGGGAAACUUUUAGCCGUCAAGACCCGAGCUGAGCUUGUUUUGCGUAGUACCAGCAGAAAUUCUGGCCCUGUGCUGCAUCUUCAGGACGAAGAUGCACGAAAUCUUAAUGAUGCAUGGAUGGUUCACUUGUAUUUUCAUUUUCCAAGGAGCCCUUCUGGUUCUGUUUUCUUUUUGCAAUGAAGAAGAAGUAUAAAAAAUCGGCUUGCGCUCACUCUUGAUCUUUAGAUUUUCCCUGCAUGCGCUCAGCAGAAGAAAGCAGCCGCUAAGGAGGACAAGAAGUUGCUGGAAAAGAAGUCGAAGUCGACCAAAAAAUCCUCUUCCAAAAAGGCUGUCGCCUCCAAAAGCGCCAAAAUAUCAGACGAAAGUAGAUUUUGUUUAUGUCUACUCAAGAAGCGCACAAUUUCAUGUAGAAAGGUCAUGAUCAUCCAGAUCACGCAUAAUGCGUUUUUAUUGACAACUCGCUACCGAGUAGAAGUUCAGUAUCAACAUGACAGCCUCUGUCUUUAG